AAAUGACGAUACUAUCCCAUAUGCAGAUAUGGAGGAAAACACGUGUUAUAACACGUGGUAACACGUGGGUGGUAACCACAUCACGGCUGCUAUGCGGGGUAGCCAGCGGUCCCGCUAAAGAUAGCCAAGUCCGCAGCCAUGGAGAUAACCACACCAGUAAUAAAUGCUGCAGUAAGAAAGAAGCGACACUGAACUUCCAUGAUACUAAAGAGACCUACAUGUCUAAGUCUAGCUUUGAGCUGGUCCGAUCUCUUUUUAUUCUCAAGAGCUGCACUUAUCAGGUUUUCGUAAACAACGCAGAAAAAAUGAUGAGAAUAUCCAGAAUCCUACUUGGAAAGAGCCUCUUCGCCUACCUGAUGAAGAAAUCAUUCUACGGCCAGUUUGCUGGGGGAGAAAACAUAUCGGAACUAAAACCCUGCGUAGAAAACUUAGCCCAACACGGAGUUCACUCCAUGCUGAACUUCUCUGUUGAAUCUGAUCUAGACACAGCUGUCGGGGAGAGCCAAUGUGAGGAGAGUCUGAAAACUAUCCUCAGUAUUCUAGAUUCUUCCAAAGAGGUUUGUCAGGGUAGACCGUUCUCCUCGUUUAAGAUAACCGGUUUGACCACCCCUCAGUUUUUAUACGAGUUUACUAAGCUACUGGAAGGGGUACAGAGGGUUUUUCUAGAAUGUUCUGUGGUGGAGAGGGAUAUUGGAGGGUUUGUGGACAGUUUAUCAAGUGAGGUGGUGAGGGGUAAUGAGACUCUGUUUGUUAACAGAGUUAUCACGAGAGAGGGGUUUGUAAAGAUAGCAGGAUCACCCGAGUUGUUUGAUUCUGUUGAUACCGGUUACACUGGCAAACUUGAUUUCUAUCAGUUUAGAGAAAUCCUCUUGUCAAACCCAGAGAUAAUAUCACAAAUUGAGGGAAUCCCUGAGUUAACAGCUGAACUUGCUAAAGGAGGUACCCGACUUAAAGACCGUCUAACCCAAAUAAUUAAUAAAACUAAAUCAAUAGACGCACGUGUAAUGAUAGACGCGGAACAGACCUACAUGCAGCCAGCUAUUGACUACUUCACAGUGGAACUGAUGAGAGAACACAACCACGGAGUAGCUUACAUCUACAAUACUUACCAGUGCUAUUUGAAGAGAACACCCAAUACUCUGACACUGGACGCUAGAGACGCGCUAUCACGCGGGUAUACCUUGGGAGUGAAACUGGUGAGAGGGGCGUACAUGGUGGAGGAGGCUGCACGUGCUGCGCGGCUCGGGUACGAGAACCCGAUACAAAACAGCAAGGAGGAAACAGACCAAACCUACCACAACAUGAUGGACGUACUGUUGGAGCUAGUGUCACGUGAUCAUUGUUACAUGCUAGCAGGGAGCCACAAUGAGGUAACAGUAAAGUACCUGAUGUCACAGUUACAGCACCACAACCUGCACCCUGACGCGCGGGAGAGAGUGGUGUUCGGACAGUUGUACGGUCUGUGUGAUCCGACUACAUUCCAGUUGUCCAGUAGCGGGUACACUGUGUUUAAAGCUAUUGCGUGGGGGCCAGUGGAGGAGGUGUUACCGUUUUUAGCGAGGCGAGCGCAGGAGAAUACGGGGGUGCUGGGGAGUAGUACAAGGGAGCUGGAUCUGUUGAAGAUGGAGAUAUGGAGGAGGGUUGUUAAGGGGUGAAGUGACGUCAUAAACUGUCAUGUGACGUCAUGAAGUCUUGCGUGACGUCAUUAUUAACUCACACAAUCGCUCACACUGUAUUAGUUGGGGCAUAUAACCAUGAAUAACAUACGGCAUGCUAUUUUAAUGGUUUCCCGAAGCAGACUGGUCAAUAUACAAGCAGUGCCAAGCACUUUAACGGGCUGAAUACUUCGCAACAAGGAGUCAAGCAUCUGUUGACAAAGUUUUUUUACAGUUAAAUAAAAGUUCGAGAUUAUGACACUAAUGAGUAAUGGGCUUCUUAUGAAAGCAUGCAAAGCUACACGUGACGUCACACCCUCCCUCACGUGACGUCACACACUUACCUCCAAGCCUGCACAGUGACUGGCAGGAACUGAUGAGGAACUGCUAUCUUGUGUUUCGUUAGUUGAGAGCACUGUUCCCUAGCUUUAUCUCUCUGCUCCUGCACUUUCAACCACCUCUUAACUUCAAUAUGCUGAGGGAAACCAAUCAGUACACACGAUACUGGUCACGUGAUUUGGACGGUUAAACGGAGGAGCAAGUGGAC